ACAAUUCCAGCUUUUUUGCAACGGGUUUGCCGCCAGAACACAGGUGUCGUGAAAACCACCGCUAACUCAAACCCAAGACGGGAAAGGAAAAGACUCACAUCAACAUCGUCGUCAUCGGACACGUAGAUUCCGGCAAGUCCACCACUCCCGGCCACCUGAUCUACAAAUGUGGGGGCAUCGACAAGAGAACCAUCGAGAAAUUCGAGAAGGAGGCUGCUGAGAUGGGGAAGGGCUCCUUCAAGUACGCCUGGGUCUUGGAUAAGCUGAAAGCCGAAUGUUAGCGCGGUAUCACCGUUGACAUCUCCCUGUGGACAUUCGAGACCAGCAAGAAUUAUGUGACCAUCAUUGAUGCCCCAGGGCACAGAGACUUCAUCAAAAACAUGAUUACAGGCACAUCUCAGGCUGACUGUGCUGUCCUGAUUGUUGCCGCUGGUGUUGGUGAAUUUGAAGCUGGUAUCUCCAAGAACGGACAGACCCGUGAGCACACCCUUCUGGCCUAUACAUUGGGUGUGAAACAGCUGAUUGUUGGUGUUAACAAAAUGGAUUCCAUUGAGCCACCCUACAGCCAGAAAAGAUACGAGGAAAUUGUUAAAGAAGUCAGCACCUACAUUAAGAAAAUUGGCUACAACUCUGACACAGUAGCAUUUGUGCCAAUUUCUGGUUGGAAUGGUAACAACAUGCUGGAGCCAAGUGCUGAUAUGCCUUGGUUCCAGGGAUGGAAGGUCAGUAAAGAUGGCAAUGCCAGUGGAUCCACUCUGCUUGAAGCUCUGGAUUGCAUCCUGCCACCAAGUCGUCCAACUGACAAGCCCCUGCGUUUGCCCCUCCAGGAUGUCUACAAAAUCGGUGGUAUUGGUCCUGUCCCUGUGGGCCAAAUGGAGACUGGUGUUCUCAAGCCUGGCAUGGUGGUCACCUUUGCUCCGGUCAGUGUUACAACUGAAGGGAAGCCUGUUGAAAUGCACCAUGAAGCUUUGAGUGAAGCUCUUCCUGGGGACAAUGUGGGCUUCAACGUCAAGAACGUGUCUGACAAAGAUGUUCGCCGUGGCCAUGUGGCUGGUGACAGCAAAAAUGAUCCACCAAUGGAAGCAGCUGGCUUCACAGCUCAGGUGAUUAUCCUGAACCACCCAGGCCAGAUCAGUGCUGGAGAUGCACCUGUGCUCGAUGGUGACACAGCUCACAUUGCUUGCAAAUUUGCUGAGCUGAAGGAGAAGAUUGAUCGCCGUUCUGGGAAAAAGCUGGAAGAUGGCCCCAAGUUUUUGAAAUCUGGUGAUGCUGCCAUUGUUGAUAUGAUUCCUGGCAAGCCCAUGUGUGUUGAGAGCUUCUCUGACUACCCUCCUCUGGGCCGUUUCGCUGUUCGUGACAUGAGACAGACAGUUGCUGUGGGUGUCAUCAAAGGAGUGGACAAGAAGGCAGCUGGAGCUGGCAAAGUCACCAAAUCUGCCCAGAAAGCUCAGAAGGCUAAAUGAAUAUUAUUUCCAACACCUGCCACCCCAGUCUUAAUCAGCGGUGGAAGAAUGGUCUCAGAACUGUUUGUCUCAAUUGGCCAUUUAAGUUUAAUAGUAAAAGACUGGUUAAUGAUUACAAUGUAUCAUAAAACCUUCAGAAGGAAAGGAGAAUGUUUUGUGGACCAUUUGGUUCUUUUGUGUGUGU